GUGGGUUAUGACAGUCUUCUGGCGCAAUGCCUCAGCGAUGACAACCAGCUGGCCCGUUCAGAAUUUUCACUCGAUGACUCCCUCUUCAUGGCCUGUGCCCUGCUCUAUCGUGGGAAUGCCUCUGCUGCCACAGUGAACACCUCAGUUGAUGAUGCCAGGCGACAGGGGAAGUUGAACUUUGCUGACUGGUCACCUUGCGGUUACAAGGUAAGCCUCAAAUGCCCUUCCUGA